CAUCCUCCCACAACACAGCACAACACAAUGGGGCUGUAAUGUCAGCGACGGGCGAGAUUAGAACAUCCUCUCAACAGUACUGAAUCUGUGUAUGGAUUUAAUGAUGAUGAAAAAGAAGAAAUUCAAGUUCAAGGUGGAUUUUGAGCUGGACGAGCUCUCGUCGGUCCCAUUUGUCAACGGUGUCCUUUUCUGUAAAGUCCGACUCCUGGACGGCGGGUUCUCCGAGGAGUCUUCUCGGGAGCCAGUGCAAGCCAACUGUGUUCGCUGGAGGAAGCGGUUCUCUUUCCCCUGCAAAAUGAGUGCCAACGCAGGGACAGGUGUGCUGGACCCCUGUAUGUGCCGUGUAUCUGUCAGAAAGGAGCUGAAGGGAGGGAAGGCAUAUGCAAAGCUUGGUUUUGCAGAUCUGAAUUUAGCAGAGUUUGCCGGCUCAGGGAAUACAACCCGCAGAUGUCUGCUGGAAGGCUACGAUACCAAAAAUACUCGUCAGGAUAACUCCAUUCUCAAGGUUAUCAUCAGUACACAGCUCAUGUCAGGAGAUCCCUGUUUUAAAACGCCUCCCUCCACAGCCACAGUGAUAGGGAUCCAGGGAGACGUAGAGAGCCUGCUGGAGGAGAGGAGGGGAGGAGACUCACAGAAAGGCUGUUCUGCAGAGAGUCGAGAAGGGAAGUGCCCGGUUGUUUCUGAUGACUUGGGAGGCUGCGGCCACUCCCGAACCUCCAGCUAUGCCAGCCAACAGUCCAAACUGUCAGGCUACAGCACAGGUCACUCCCGCUCCUCCAGCAUGUCAGAGUUCAGCCACCGAAGAAACCAUUCGGUUGGCAGCGCCUCAACGGGCAUAGGCAGCAUCCCAGAACCCAGUGAGGACCGAGACAGGGAGUCCAGACCCUGUCCUUCACUGCCUGAAUACCCAGUCCCCACAGCCACCUCUAGCAACUCCCAAGGCACACCAGUACGGAGUGCCUCCUCCUGUGAACGACUCAACAGACACCCAGUGAAACAAGACUCCAUGGAGUCUCAGCUAAAGAGAAUGGACGACACACGGGUGGAUGCUGACGAUGUUGUGGAGAAGAUUCUUCAGAGUCAAGACUUCACGCCCAGCCUACAAGACUCCAACACUGAAGAGGAAGGCUUGCGUCUGUUUGUUGGGCCAGGGGGAAGUACAGCCCUUGGAAGCCAUCACCUUCCCACCAGGGUUGGUGCUGGGGCGUACGAACAGGUGGUGAUAAAGCGUUAGGCCUGCAGACUAGCAGCCUAUUAGUGAUGGACUGACACUGCUUACAUCCAAAACUUGGAAACAAGGCUGUGUCCAUUUCAAUCUGCAUCCUUACAGCUCAUUACCAUUCCGUGUUCCUAUUUACCUAUUUACUGCUUGACACAGUAGCUUCCUGACAGAGUUUUAACAGCUAGAGGUGGACAGUCAGCAUCUCAAUGUAAGCACACACACAACUGUGAAUUAAGGAAAAUUAAACAGACCAGAUUGUUCUAAACAUUUUACAUUUAUGUAACAGAAGGUUAACUUAGCCACCCAGUAUCCAAUCCCGACUCAUUAUAAACUGUUAGGUACUUGAAGAUUAACCUCUAAUUCACCUCUAAUGGGGAGCAGGUGUGUGUGUGUGCAUCAUCAAAAUGAAGGGAAAUCUACUCUGACAGGAGUAUGCCAUGAGUUUUCAAUACAUUCCUUUUGUCUGUGUGAUUGUUUUAGACUUUCUUCUCAAAUAGGACUAUUUAAUAUUCGCCUAUAAGCUGCAGUUGUUGGCACUCUAACAACCGUUGGUGUUUUGAAGGUGAGAAUAUUUUACUACAAAGACGAGGCGUCAGAUGCAAGCUAUUAGAUGUGUGAAUGUGGACUGUGUGUGUGUGUGUGUUGCGUGUGUGUGUCGGGUAUGUGGUAAGACUACUUUCAUUAGUAGUAACAGUUAUCUUGGAUAAGCGGGGGGAUUUGUGAUCUCUUGUAAGAAAUGCUAUGUUGGUGCUUUGAAAGAGAAAAUUGGAGCAUACAACAAUUUGCUGUCUUUGUAAUCAUAGAGGUCGCUGUUCUUAUCUGCAGAGGAUCGUUUUAAAAAUUAAAACAUACAGUAUUAAUCUGCCCUACAAAGGUUAAAAAUUCAGUUGAGACCCAAAUCUGACCUGUGAAAUGUGCUCUGUUGUAUAAACAAAUACUGUAGAAUUUGUUGUCAAAACAGGUUUGAAAAUGUGCGGUUAUUACAAAUUGGAGCUGAAAACUGAAUUCUGGAUGUGGACUGCUCCCCAGGUUGCAGUAAUUACACUUCGGUUUGCACAGACAGUCUACUUGAAGCUAAAGCAAUACAGCUACAUAUAUGAAAGCUAGCUGAAGCCAUUCCUAGCUUUACCUUAAACUAAAACUAAAUCCAGUUUUUCCCUUAGCUGUUAUCUGUUAACGAUUAGUGAAUUAAGAUCUUGGUUAUUCAGUUUCUUACUUCACAAACUAAAAGAGCCAGAAACAACAGAGAAGUGAAAAGCUAAGUUUUUUCAUGACUUCACUCUUUCUGGAAGUUAUCGCUCUCUGCCUUUGUAGGGUAGAACGGAACAGGGGCUCCUAUGAUAAAUAUGCUAUAAAUUAGAUAUAUAAGGGGCAUAUAUCUAAUUCCCAGUGUUUCAGUUGCAAAUCUGUUGUAUACCUACGCUUUGCAACACUUUUAAAAACACCUCGAAGCUCGCCUGUUGAACAGGAAACUUAGAUCAGUGAACAAAUCAAAGAUCCUGUGAUGCAUCAACAAUUUCAUUAAUGUGCAACUGUUGUAUACUGUAGUAUACAGCAGAGUGAAGGACUAGUUUAAGUAAUCCACUGCCAUGAACAAACUAUUAAACAGCACCUGUAUUUUAAAAGACCCAGAGUAAUACAGAAGCUUUGUGUGUGUAUUUGUCCAAGCAUCAUAUCAACCGUUGGUUCAAAACAAUCAGGUACAUUGAUGAUUAAUGCUAUAGACAGAAAUCUAACUGCAAUAUAAAUCUGCUGAGAAUUCUGAAACCCUGAUAAUGUCACACAUGUAGACUGUUUGCAUUUGUAGCUUAAUAGGGGAGUAAGUGCGCAAUUUGAUAGACUGAGAGCAAAUUAGACAAAGUACACGACACACUGAUAUUACCUGGGACCUUGUCAGGCCUAUGCAUAAAGUGUAAUGACAAAUUAGACACAUUAUAACUAGUGAACAGACUGUACAGUAUCUGUAAUCUUCUGUCUCCUGUUAUAACCUUUAGCAGAGGUGGGAUACUUCCUCUUCUAGAUUAACUAUAAACAUGUUAUAUAAAUAUCUGCACAAGCGUCAGUGUAUGGUGUUUUAACUAUACGUCAGUGUUCUGUUUUUAACGUUUGUGUGUUCUGCAUGAUUAAGAUGUCCUUUUGUUAGCUUGCAGAACAACUUGACACAUCAUCUUUUUCCUGAUUUGAUAUUGUGCCAUCUUUUAAUCUCAAUAUAUCCACACUGAAGGAACAAUUUCGUUCACCUAUUUAGCACGUAGGAAAAUGUUUUUGUUCUCAUUACUUAUUGUUACAAGCAGAUAUCUGCACAAACAUCAGUGUAUAACUGUAAAUCAGUGUUUUCAUUCUGUGUUUUUUUAUGUCCAGCAUGGUUUAAAUGUCCUGUGAUUACAUCUAUAGGAUGUUGUUUUUGAAUCUGUCAUUGCUGAUAUUGUGCCAUAUUUUUGCUAAAUACUUUAUUGCUUAGGGAAAAAGCAUUCGCACUACAAAGUUAAGCCAGUGUUAAAUCUAUGAACUAUGGCUACCAAAUAACUAUUGUAGUGGGGGUUUUUUUUUGUCUUUUUGGAUAAAAAUCACUUGUUUUACCUGUGUGACACAGGUAUGUUCAUCUUGGUACCUAACAUGUUGUUACAAACAUGGUUGCUUCUUCUCUUCUGUGAAGCUGUUGUCUAUAUAAAACUGUAAAAUGUAUUCUCAUGUAAAGUGAUGUUCUGCGCUGUUCUGACACUGUCCAGUGUUUCCUGUUACAGACUCAUACUUUCGACCAACAUUUGCUUCCUUAACAAGUGUACUGGAUGCUUCAAAUGUGUACCUUGCACUGAUUAAAACUGUUUAAAAGCC